AUGACUCGCCGACGAGGUGCUCUACAUGCUCCAUCUCAAGAACAAGAGGUGUCCGGUCUAACUGCUGGUCCCGGUACUCCUUUUACUCCUGCUGCCGAUAUUCCUCUUCCUCCUUCAUCUCCCAUUCUCGAAAAUUCUCCUCGGCAUGAAGGAACCAUCCAGGGUCCCGAACCUCUCAACAGGCAGAACCUUGGGACGGACGAUGUUGAUGACAAGCCUCCCGCGCCUGCUUUUGCCCCUCCUCCCGCCCCCGCUUCUCCUGUUCCUCCCACUGUGGUUUAUUCUUCAAGUCCGGCACCUGUUCUCGCGCCAGAGCCCACCACUACUCGCGGACAUCGAGUCAAGGUAGCCAAGGAGCCCGAACCCUUCAGUGGCAAUCGUUCAAACCUCGAAUAUAUCAUCUCCAACAACCGACUCUACUUUGACACCUACCCAUGCUCCUUUGUCUCAGACAAAAAAAAGAUCACCUAUAUGCUUACGAAUAUUUGUGGUCCUGUUUGGGCAGCCUUACAGCCUUACGUCAACCAGGAGCCCUGA